UUUUAAUCUGUGGUUACGCUGCGCAAGCAAUUGACGCAUUCAUUCUAGUUUCUUGUAAUGAGACCAAAAUUCAUUUCAUUGUGAUUUUAAAAGUACUUUGGAUCGGGGCGUUGACAUAACUCUCAAAUAUAAUUGUUUACAAAUUAUUUGAAAGAUUAAGCCCUGCAAUAAUGGUUCGGACUGCUGUGUAUCUUUCUUUAGCAUUUCUAUUUUUAGCAAAUGCUGUGUCGUCGGAAGUCACAAGUGAGGCCGCGCCGUCGGUCGUCGAGGUGAGCGGAGGAGACGGCAGUAUCCGUGACAGCGGAGAUGUACUCUUCGACGUGCGCUCCAAUAUUACGCUGCGUUGUGACGCGGCCGCCGGUGGUGGCGCCGUGGCCUGGCAGAAGAACGGCACCGCACUCGAGGAAGUCUGGGAAAUGAAGGACCGCUACACCUUAGAACAUGGCGGAAUAGAGUUGCACGUCAAACGUGCCGCCGAAGACGAUUUCGGCAACUACUCGUGCUCGGUGCCCGGUCAAUCAGCCGCUACUACCUGGGUAGUCCGGGCCCGUCCUCACCUCAAACUACCGGCCAACAGCAACGUAGUCGAGGGCCAGAAGCUUAAACUGACGUGCAAGGUGCUCGGAAAGCCGUACCCGCGUAUCGUGUGGAGCUACUCCAACUCGACCGAGGAUGGCGCGCGUUUCGAGCCGGUGACCGGGGUUAACUUGAGUAAUAGCGAGCAAGGAGUUGUCGACGGUACUUUAGUGCUGCCCGACGCAACACGCUCUCACGCGGGACGUUACCGCUGCGAAGCUCUCGACGCGUUCGCGCCGGCCGAGACUCUGCUGCGCGUCAAGGACAAGUACGCGGCGCUCUGGCCCUUCCUCGGAAUCUGUGCUGAGGUGUUCAUACUCUGCGCCAUCAUCCUCGUGUACGAGAAGCGCCGCACCAAACCCGACCUCGACGAUUCCGACACGGACAACCACGACCAGAAAAAGUCGUAAGUUGUGGUCUGUGUGCGGAGAGGAAGCGACAGAGCACGCCUUCCACCAUCAGUAUAUAAGUACAUACUGUUGUUUUAAGCAUAAAUUGUGUGAUUUACCAAAAAUAUGUUCUGUUAUUUAGUGUGUGUAUUAGAAAACAUCAUUCGAAUUUGUAUAUAUUAAUAAUAGUAAAUGUUAUGUUCUAAUAAAAUUUAUUUUAUGUUUUGACUCGACAAAACAGCUAAUAUAAGCCUCAUCGUACUAUAGUAGUGUACUUAACGACGUGUUUUCAAGUAAAUUAACCAGCUAAUAAAAAUCACUGCUAACACA